UAGCUUCACCUAAACCUCCUCCCUGAGCUCGUUUUUUCACCAAACUCUGAAGAAGUGGGCAAAACUUGGAGGAAACAUGGCGGAGAGGCGAGCACCGCUGUGAAGACUUUUACAGAGACUUUUACAGAGAUUUUGGAGGGGAUUUCUCAGACCCAGGAGAUGGUGAACAUGUGAGGAUCUGCUGAGAGAUCUGUGGAUAAGGAUGGAGGCCUCUUGUCUGGAGCUGGCUCUGGAGGGAGAACGCCUGUGUAAAGUGGGCGAUUACCGGGCGGGCGUCUCUUUUUUUGAGUCAGCCAUCCAGGUGGGCACGGAGGACCUGCAGAUCCUGAGCGCUAUUUACAGUCAGCUGGGCAACGCAUACUUCCACCUGCAGGACUACAGUAAAGCGCUGGAGUUCCACCGGCAUGACCUCACUCUCACUAGAACCAUUGGAGAUCAACUGGGAGAAGCCAAAGCUAGCGGCAACCUUGGAAACACACUGAAGGUCCUGGGCCGAUACGACGAGGCAGCAGCUUGUUGCCAGAGACACCUCGACAUUUCUAGAAUGCUCCAUGACAAGGUGGGGCAGGCGCGAGCGCUGUAUAAUUACGGGAAUGUUUACCACGCCAAGGGGAAGAACAUAUGCUGGAGUGGUAUUGACCCGGGAGACUUCCCUGAGGAGGCACGCAUUGCUCUAAAGAAAGCUACAGAGUUCUAUGAAGCGAAUCUGAUCAUAGUGAAAGAGUUGGGGGACCGAGCAGCACAGGGGAGAACUUAUGGAAACCUUGGUAAUACGCAGUACCUGCUGGGGAACUUCCAGAACGCUGUUCUCGCCCACGAACAGCGUCUCCUCAUCGCUAAGGAGUUUGGAGACAGAGCUGCUGAGAGACGGGCCUACUGUAACCUGGGGAAUGCCUACAUCUUCCUGGGCCAGUUUGAGGUGGCAGCUGAGCACUACAAACGGACGCUGCAGUUGGCCCGGCAGCUGAGGGACCGGGCGGUGGAGGCUCAGGCCUGCUACAGCCUGGGCAACACGUACACACUGCUGCAGGACUACGAGAGAGCCAUCGACUACCACCUCAAACACCUCAUCAUCGCCCAGGACCUGAAGGACAGGAUAGGGGAGGGGAGAGCCUGCUGGAGUUUGGGGAAUGCCCACACUGCUCUGGGAAACCACGAACAGGCCUUGCAGUUUGCUGAAAGACAUCUGGAGAUUUCCAAGGAGAUCGGGGACCGCAGUGGAGAACUGACGGCCAGGAUGAACUUGUCGGAUCUGCAGCUUGUUCUAGGUCUAAAACAGAACAACACUACCAACAGCAAUAGCAACAGCCCCGUCUCCACAGACGGCCUCCCCAACAACGGCUGUGGUUCACCAGGAACAAAACCCAGAACUGGCCGGAGACACAGCAUGGAGAACAUGGAGCUCAUGAAAUUAAGUCGUGAUAAAAGUCCUGGCUCAGGCAAGGAGGAGGACACAUCCCCUAAGCAGGCCAAAACGUCCCCUAUAGCAAAAACGUCCUCCAAACUGUUUUUCAUUAGUCGCUUUAAGGGGAAGAAGCAGAAGGCCAAUGGAACCAGCCCCACUAAAACAAGCCCAAGCAACAGCCCACAUUCACCUAAACUGGACCCAAAGCAUGCGCCGGACACUCUGGGAGAUGAAGGCUUCUUUGAUCUCCUCAGCCGAUUCCAGGGCAACCGCAUGGAUGACCAAAGGUGCUCCUUGGAGGGUGGUUUAAGCCGCGCCUCCGCUCCCUCCUCUCCCUGUGAAACCCCGCCUGUAGCCAUCAGGAAAUCUAUUUCUGCGUCCGAAGCACAGGCCUCAGAACAGUCUGGCCAUUUCCUAGACCUGCUGGCCAGCUCUCAGGGUCGACGUCUGGACGAGCAGCGGGCCAGCGUGGCUGGUCUGCCGGGCCUGCAUCUGGACCAGAACACCAGCCAGGACGUCCUCAGCAAGCUUAUAGCCAGUGCUGACAGCAAAGAGCCGGAAGAUGACUUCUUCGACAUGCUCAUCAAGUGCCAGGGCUCCCGGCUGGAUGAUCAGAGAUGUGCCCCUCCCCCUCCCCCAAAGCGAGGUCCCACCGUCCCAGAUGAAGACUUCUUCAGCCUCAUCCUGCGCUCGCAGGCCAAACGCAUGGACGAGCAGCGUGUUAUACUGCCCUCUGACCCUGGACCCACACAGCUCAAUCCAGACUGACUCCACACACAGGCAUGAGCACAGUAACGGAGAAGGAGGUUCCUCAGCUCCUCACACACAGCAAAGAAGGCCUGUCUGAGCUGUAGAGAAAACUCAAAGCAUCUCUUUGUAGCAAUACUGUCACUAGACUGUGUCUGCUUUUCACUACAUGAAGGACUGAACAAUAAAAACCUGAUGCUGAAUCAGCUACAUGCCUUUCCCAGUACUCAGUACAGUACAGUUUUGGACAUAGGAGUUUCACUUUCCAUGAGUUCAUUAGUACUGCUGUAUUACAAGGUCAAUUUAAGUCUUCGAGAUGGAGAAGAUCUAAUCAGCAGUGGGAUAUUUUUGAAGAAGAAGGGUUUGCUGUAUUGAGGAGUGGUGUGGAAAGUGCAUGUAAAGCCCCUCUCCAAUAAGAACAAGGCCAUCAUCUGGUCCUCAGGGUUCUAUCAUACACUGACUUUCACAUCUCUCUUCUUUAUCAUUAAUAUUCUGCUUUCCUGGGGGAUUUCUGGAUGUUACAAAACUGUUAUCAAAGAAAAAAAAAAGAUUUUAAUUGUUAAAAAAAAAAUUUAAAAACAAACCGUGUAAUCAGGGAUCUUUUGACCCUUCUCCCACCAUUGUUUAUAAUUUUUUUUUUUCGACUUGCUUUGUGUAUUGUUUCAUAAGUAUGUUUACAUAUUUUAAAAACGAUUAAUAUUCUUGUUUUUUAAUGAAUUUUAGAGGGGGGGAAAGGCCUGAGAAAAUGUUUGUGUUUAACUUGUCAUAAGAUAUAAGAAAGGAAUUGUAAGGUAAGGUAAUGCACAGUUGCUUAUCUAUUUUUGCAUUAUAUUUUAAGCACUGAGAAUUAAAGAACAGUCUUAAUCCAGA